AUGAAGAUGCCAGUGGAAUUGUUGUUGCUACUGGCAUUCACCAAUCAGUUGAUCAGAGCAGCCACCGGCGAAAGCAACAGCAACGCAAUAUGCAAGGAAAGAUUCAGACCAGACACGAGGCCUCACAGUGUUUCGGUAUCGGAGUUUGGAGUGGUUGAGGAUGGGAAAACGUUGGACACAGUUGUGUUUUAGAACGCCAUUUUUUACCUGAAGUCGUUUGCGGAUAAAGGAGGAGCUCAGCUCUACAUUCCACCCGGGAAAUGGCUCACCGGAAGCAUCAACCUCACCGCCAGCCAUCUCACUCUCUUCUUGGAGAAAGGCGUCAUGAUUCUCGCCUCCGGGGAUCCAUCGCAUUGGGACAUUGUGGAUCCACUCCCAUCCUAUGACCGAGGCAUUGAACUUCCUGGAAAGCGAUACCGAAGCUUAAUAAACGGUGAUAAUCUUCAGGAUGUGGUCAUUACCGGUAAUAACGGGAUAUUUGAUGGCCAGGGCGAGAUCUGGUAGGAAUGGCUGGAGUCGGGCUCUCUGAACUUCAGCCGACCUCAUCUCAUGGAAUUCAUCUCAUCCAAUUACAUAUUCAUUUCGAAUAUCACGUUCCGAAACGCACCUUCAUCCAGGCUAUUGCAGAAACGAUGUUGUUUUAAGCCCCAUGUACAUAUUUGGAAGGUUUUGAUCGAGACAACUGUAGAUUCUCCUUACGUCCUCGGAGUCAUUUCAGAUUCCUCGGACUCGACCAUCAACACCGGUCAUGACGCCAUCUCUCUCAAGAGCGGUGGGGGUGAGUACGACAUCAGCUACAACCGCCCCACUUCCCCCAUGCAAUUGCGGCGGCUCAAUCUCAAGUCCCCCACCGGCGGCGAAAUCUCCUUCGGGAGCGAAAUGUCCGGCGUUACAGCCGACGACCUCCGUAUCAGUAGCUCCCUAUUCGACGUCUCAUUCAGAACCACCAGAGGCCGAGGAGGGUAUAUACAUAAUAUCACGAUCUCCGACGUCGAUCUCGCCAGAGUUGACACCGCCAUUGUUGUCGGCGGCCACGUCGAGUCGCAUCCGGAUGAUGGGUACGACCCGGGUGGUGUGUCCCAGAUCGUGCUGCGCAAUUUCACCAGAUAAGACGUGGGCUUGGCUGGACAUCUGACAAGCUUACUUCCAACACCGUUCAGGUCGAUAUGCUUGUCGGAGAUUCAUUUGUUGAUGCGUAUCGAGUCUUCCGCUUCGUGGGUUUGCUCGUAUGUCUCUGGGUUUUCUGAUGACAUGUCACCGGUGUUGGUUGUAAUGCUCUAG